CCACGCUGAAUCAAAGCUGCAAGCUCUGGGCCUGCGGGCGGCGGCGGCGCCGGCACAGGCCGAGGCGCGGCGGUGCUCGCGUCCUCGGCGUAGGCGCGGCGGUGCUGGCGUCCUCGGCGGAGGCCAUCGGUGCUCCCCCCUCCCCCGAACUCGGCUCCACCCACAGAAAGCGGAGUUCAGGGAGAGGACGAGCGCUCGAGGCCAUCGAGGCCGGGAGGAAGAAGGUCUACGAGGCAAAGGUCUGGGUCAAGCCGUGGCUCGACUUCAAGGAGCUCCAGGAGUUCGUCCACAAGGGGGACGCCACCACCUUCACCAGCGCCGACCUCGGCGCCAAGAAAGAUGGAUCGAACCUGGGUUCACGGGAGACAAUUCACACCUGCCUACAUGGAUGGAGCAUAGUCACAAAGUUCCUGGGUCGACCGGGUCGAGGAACGGGGUCGAGGGUCGAGGGUCGUCAUUUUAUAAAAUUGUGGUACGAAGGGGGUAUACAUCUAUGGAACGAUAAAUUAUUAUGUGGGACGCGACCCUGAUUCAUCGGGGUCGAUAUCUUCGGGUCGAUAAAGACAAAACCUAUAUAUGUGCUACUAAUAAAGAAACUAAUCUGCACAAGCAUAUAAGAAACAUAUAAAAGAGUACAUUUAGACCAUGCUACACGUACUCAGCUCAUUGUCUAACAAAAACCACACCAAUCCACUGUCCUUAACCUCCUUAUCCCAAUUAAAUCUGCUAGCAAUGAGGCUGCGACCCCUUUCAAACCGGGACACGAUCCAACCUUAAAUGGGACACUGACCCUCUUCGACCCCGACCCUCGAAUCGGAACGACAUUCCCGGGUCGAGGGACGAGGCAUCGACCCCGAAUCCUGUGACUAUGGGAUGGAGUGGCAAAUUUCAUGGAAUAUGUUAGAGGAAAAUACCCUGGAGACAGUGAGAUAUUGUGCCCAUGCCGCAAAUGUCUUAAUCAACAUUCAAGGCCUCAGCAAGAGGUGAAUGACCAUAUACACAUCUUGGAAUGUCACCAGCUUACACUCGGUGGAUUCAUCAUGGGGAGCAUGUACAAGUAGAUCAUGGUGGAUUGAUUGAAAUCUCAGAGGAGCAGGUGCAUGAUGAAUCUGGUCACGGUGAAGGGAUACAUUUGGGUGAGGAUGACCGAGAUGAUGACAACGGGGUACCAGAGAUGCUAGCAGAUUUGUACACAGCAGCAGAGGAAGAUGGAGGGCAACCAAGGUUCACUAAAGUUCUUGAAGAUGCCAAGCGGUCACUCUCCCAGGGAUCACAACAUUCCAAAUUCUCCUUUCUUGUGAGGUUGCUUUAUAUCAAGUCUCAGUAUCGGACUGGCAAUACAGCAUUUACUGCAUUAUUGAAGUUGUUGUCUGCGGCAUUCCCUUCAUGUGGGUUGCCUGAAUCAUAUGAUGAGGCAAAGAAGUACCUUCGUGAGUUGGGCCUUGGAUAUGACUCGAUCCAUGUGUGCAAGAAUAAUUGCGUGUUGUUUCGGAAUGAUAAAGCCAAUCUGGAGGUGUGCCCGGUAUGCAAGGAAUCCAGAUGGCAAGACGGUGAUGGUAAAAAGCGGGUUCCUCAUAAGGUUUUGAGGCACUUUCCUCUUAUACCAAGGCUGAAGAGAAUGUUCGCCACAAAAAGAACGGCUGAGGAGACCCAAUGGCACGAGAUGAGGAGGACGCCAGUGGAAAAUGAAAUGAGCCAUCCAGCUGAUGGGAAGGCAUGGAAGGACUUCAACUUCAAGUAUCCUACAUUUGCAGAUGAUCCAAGGAACUUGAGGCUCGCCUUAGCUACAGACGGUUUCAACCCAUUUGGCAACUUGAACACUCAAUAUAGUAUGUGGCCCGUGCUUCUGACACCUCUGAAUCUACCACCUUGGGAAUGUGUCAAUCCGGCCAAUUGCUUUAUGUCUUUACUCAUCCCUGGUCCUUCAUCUCCAGGAAAGGACUUUGACCUAUUCCUCGAACCUCUAAUAGAAGAACUAUUUGAGCUUUGGAAGGGUGUUGUUACUCAUGAUGCUCUUAGUGGUAAAAAGUUUAAGCUUCGGGCCAUCGUGUUGUGGUGCAUACAUGAUUAUCCAGCAUUGAGCACCUUGUCUGGCCGAACUACAAAAGGUUACUAUGCAUGUAUAUAUUGCGACAAAAGUCCAUUGUCACGGCACUAAGGGGUAAGAUUGGUUACCUUGGUCACCAUCGUUUUCUUCCAACGACACAUGCUUGGCGGAGAAGCUUGGCUUUUGAUGGCAAUCGUGAAAAUAGGGAUGCGCCCGCUAAGUUCAGUACAAAAGAGGUCUUGGAGCAACUGGAGAAGGUGAAAGAUGUCAGGCUAGGAAAGCAUCCUGCCAGCAAUAAAAGGAAGCGUGGGAAGGAUAGUGGGCCAUGAAUUUUUAGCCGCAAAGUUGGGUUGUGGAAGCUGCCGUAUUGGAAAGACUUGUUGUUGCCACACAAUCUUGAUGUGAUGCAUAUAGAGAAGAGCAUAUGUGAUAGCAUCCUUGCCACAUUACUCAAGCUGGAGGGCAAGACAAAAGACACAGUCAACGCCAGGCUAGACUUGCAAGAUAUGGGCAUUAGACAUCAUUUGCACUUACAACAGCAUGGCAACACAGUUAAAAUGCUCGAUGCACCAUAUGUGUUGAAUAAGGAAAGUAGAAUUCGAUUUUGUAAGUUUCUCAAAGAUGUGAAGUUCCCACAGGGGUAUGCAGCCAACCUGGGCAGAUACAUAAGUGCAGAUGGUACCAAGGUGCAAGGGCGACUGAAAACCCAUUCUUGCCAUGUACUACUCCAAAGGAUCAUACCUGCUGCCUUAAGAGGGUUGGUAGGGAAAGAUGUAUAUGAAGCGGUUGCAGAGCUUGGGACUUUCUUUAGGGAAUUGUGUAGCAGAAAUCUAAAGAUAGAUGUUGUGAAACGACUCAAAACCCAAAUCCCAAUAAUUCUUUGCAAGCUUGAGAAAAUUUUCCCUCCAGCCUUCUUCGAUGUCAUGGAGCACUUGGCUGUGCAUCUACCUGAUGAGGCAUUGCUUAGGGGCCCUGUUCAGUAUGGAUGGAUGUACCCUAUAGAGAGGAAACUUGGUACUUUAAAAAAUUUUGUGAGGAACAGGGCUAGGCCUGAAGGGUCAAUUGCAGAGGCUUAUGUCGCAAGUGGUACCUUGACUUUUUGUUCAAGGUAUAUGGAGGAUGUUGACACUAGAUUUAACCGGAAUGUUGGUAGUGUGGGAGAUGGGCCAUUGGUUGUGGACACAUCUAUUUUUAUGCAUGGUGUUACUCUUGUUGGAGCCAACAGGGUACACUACAUUGAUGAUGAUGCCGUCAUGGCCAAGUUAGUGUGGUAUGUGUUGAAUAACUGCAAUGAAGUUGAGCCUUAUGUUGACAUCUACAGGGAGGAGCUACUAACAGAAGGUGCACGUGAUGUUGAGAAAAGGCUUGCAGAAGGAUUUCCUGGAUGGUUUAAGAAACAUAUAGCCAAGUUGCGCAAGGAUCACCCAGAAGAGGUUACCGAUGGAUUGUUAGCUCUAUCAUGCGGUCCUGAUCUUCGAGUGAAGACUUGUGCAGCUUGCAUUGUCAAUGGAGUCCGGUAUAGCACCGUGGACCGUGAAAAAUACCUGCAGACUCAGAACAGUGGUGUAAUGACAGAAGGUACACAUGAUGGUCGUAACAUUGAUUAUUAUGGAGUCCUUCAGGAGGUUAUUGAGUUGCAAUAUAACUCCAAUUUAGAAGUCCGUCGGUCUGUGGUCCUGUUUCGUUGUGAUUGGUUUAAUCAAGAAGGCAAGACAAGAGGCAUCAAAGACGACGGACAUUUCAAAUCCAUCAACGUUUGGUCAUUGUGGUACAAGUCUGACCCUUUCAUCUUAGCAACUCAAUCGAGGAAGAUCUUCUACUUGGAAGACACAUCUCUGGGAAAGGAUUGGCGUGUAGUGCAGAAAUUUGAACACAGGGAAAUGUACAAUGUGGCUCAACAAAAGUGACCUCACUCAUGAUGUACACCAUGAUGAUUACUGUUCUGAUACAGAACAUGAAGUGCAAGAAUGUGAUGGUGAUGAGACUGUGCUAGAUAAUCAGGGUGGGGAAGCUACUAUAAUUGAAGGUAAUUUAGAUGAGCUUAUAAGAAGCAAGAAGCGAGCUACUGCUAUCCCUGAAGAUAGUGAUGAGGAAGAUGAAGAUGACACUAUCAUGCAAUAUUGUUCUGAUAGUGGCUAAGAGAACGCUGAAGAUGACAUUUUCCAUGAUGAUUAUGAAGAAGAAGAGGAUUUCUAGAACAUGCAACCUCAUAAGCAGUGGGAGGCGCCUGCAUCCAUGGAUCCGGCAAGACCCCCUUUCAAAAUGGAUCCAACCAUAUUCUGUUGGAGUGGCCACAUAUAGAUGUUGUGUACAGAACUAGAUCUACUUUUUUAUGUCAGGUGCGAAAUGAAAUUUACUACCCUUUUUUGCAGAUGUUCAACUCACCAAUGGUACCGCAGAUAUUCCCCUCUCCUUUGGAGCAUCUUCUUCAGUGGAAAAAGAAGCGGAUGAGGCGGCUCAAGAGGAAGCGUCGAAAGAUGAGGCAGAGAUCCAAGUAGACAGAUUGGCCUCGUCUGCAGUUGGUUUGCAGUUUACUGAACAAUUCUAGGUUUCAUUAGUACAAGGAGUUGUAAUGUAUCUGAAACCAGUGCAGCCAGUGUGCCUCUGUUUUGUAAUGAAUACAAAUGAUCAUCUGAAAUUCUGAAUAUGGUUCCAAAACAUUUUUCAGAGA